AUGGCUUACGAACCAGUAUUAGCACCUAAAAUUGUCACGGGUGAUUUAAGUUUGACGAUGUCAAGAGAUAGCGGCUUUCGACAUUAUCUCAGGUCGAUUUCGGCGUCUUUUACACCUACCCACACGCCUACCACACACAAGACUAUAAGUACCGCUUUUAUCAAUCCAACAUCAGAACUUGUGGAUGAUAAUAGGCUCCCUUCAGCACGGAAGGAAUAUCCUGCGCGUUUAACUUCCUCACUACAUCAACCUGACUCCGGAUCUAUGGCCAGUUUAAUCCUACCGAGUUCAGCAACUAUUGGUCCUGAUAAUGUUUUUCAUGAAAAUGGAAUUCCUUCUUUAUCGACACUCUCCUCGCCCUUUGAAUCUCCCAACGCUUCACUGAAUAAUGGCCAUGAAGAAAUUCACGAACCCAUUAGGCGUCCGACUAAAAGAUCUAACCUCUACCUGUCAAGAUCUCACCUAAAUUUGCAUACCCAAGGAGGCAGCCAAUCCAUCAGUACUUUCUUUAAUAAACUCUUUCGACGGAGGGAAACUUCGACUGUUAGGUAUCGCGAAAGUUCCACGUAA